UAUCUCUCCCUUACACACACAUUUACUUGCAGGGCUGUCUCUCUCCCUUACACACACAUUUACUUGCAGGGCUGUCUCUCUCCCUUACACACACAUUUACUCGCAGGGCUGUCUCUCUCCCUUACACACACAUUUACUCGCAGGGCUGUCUCUCUCCCUUACACACACAUUUACUCGCAUGCUUCCGUAGUGAAAGAGCACACUGCCACCAGUCCAGGCUUUCACUGUGGCAGAGCUCCAUCCUCCCCUAGACACAAAGCCCCGUGCCUACUGGGAUCCAGGUUCUGGGUCUGGAACACAAAGAACAGAGAGAGUAGAGAGACUUCAGUUGCCUUUUUAUCUGCAGAGGAAGAGGGAGUUAGUAGAUGCUCUAUAGAUAGGGAGGUAGCGCGGGGGGAGAGGGGGAACAAAGCGAUUUGCAGUCAGGCUCAGCUGCUGAUGCUACAAGCUGGAGGCUCACUGACUGCUAUAGGAAGCUGGAGGCUCACUGACUGCUAUAGGAAGCGGGAGGCUCACUGACUGCUAUAGAAAGCUGGAGGCUCAUUGACUACUAUAGGAAGCUGGAGUAGCAACAUCACAGUACCGCACACACACUCCGGACGGACAGACCGCGGAACCAGAGACACACAGACACAUACACGCUGAGUGAGGAACAGGUUUGCGAAUGUGGAUGGACCAGUCAAGUUCCAGUCCUGGGUGUCUGAUGCACUGAUCCAGCCACAGUGGUGCGGAGGUAGAGCGGGGGCAUGGCGGCCGGUCCAGGCAUGGGGUGGCCUGGCCUGUUCCUGCUGCUGAUGACUACUGUGGCCUCCACUCAGAGCCAAGGCUGUCCCCAGCGCUGUGAGUGCAUGGCCAAGCUCAAGUCUGUGGCCUGCCAAGGCAAGCGCCUGUCUGCCCUCCCCGACAGCAUCUCAUCGGACACACGCCUGCUGGACAUGAGUGGGAACAUGCUUCGCUGGGUGGAGCAUGGCGACCUCCUCUCCUACCCUCGGCUGGAGGAGCUAGACCUGAGUGAGAACAUCAUCAGUGUCCUGGAGCCCAACGCCUUCUCUAGCUUGCAGAACCUGAGGGUGCUGUCGCUGAGGGGGAACCAGCUCAAACUGGUCCCCAUGGGCGCAUUCUCACGCCUCACCAACCUCACCACACUAGACCUGAGUGGGAACAAGAUCGUCAUCCUGUUGGACUUCACUUUCCAGGAUCUAAAGAGCCUGAGGAACCUGGAGGUUGGUGACAACGACCUGGUCUACAUCUCCAACAAGGCAUUCCUGGGCUUGGUGGGUCUGAGGCAGCUCACCAUUGAGAGGUGCAACCUGACCUCCAUCUCCAGCCAGUCUCUCUCCUACCUCCGCAGCCUGGUCACUCUGCGCCUGCGCUACCUCAGCAUCUCCUCCCUGGAUGACCAGAACUUCCGUAAGCUGGGUGGGCUGCGGGGUCUGGAGAUCGACCAUUGGCCCUUCCUGGAACACAUCUCCCCCCACAGCCUCCAGGGCCUCAACCUGUCUUGGCUAUCCAUCACCAACACUAACAUCACCUCUGUGCCCACAGCCGCCCUACGCAGCCUGGCCCACCUCACCAGCCUCAAUCUCUCCUACAAUCCCAUCUCAGUGCUGGAGUCCUGGGCCCUUAGGGACCUGGUCCGGCUGAAGGAGCUACACCUGGUCAACACCAACCUGAUGACGGUGCAGCCGUACGCCCUUGGUGGCCUUCGGCAGAUCCGCCUGCUUAACCUGUCCACUAACGCCCUGGUAACCCUGGAGGAGGGUGCCUUCCAGUCUGUCAACACCCUGGAGACGCUGCGUGUAGAUGGGAACCCUCUGUCCUGUGACUGCCGCCUGCUUUGGAUUCUCCAGCGCAGGAAGACCCUCAACUUUGAAGGGAAGUCCCCAGUGUGUGCGGGACCCAUGGAAGUGCAGGGCAGGGCCCUCAGCGCCUUCUCAGACUCUGCCCUCUUUGAUCACUUUACCUGCCAGAAGCCCAAGAUACGCAACAGGAAGCUGCAGCCUGUGACUGCCAGGGAGGGCCAGGUAGUGUCCUUUGUGUGCCGGGCGGAGGGAGAGCCCACACCUAUCAUCUUCUGGGUAUCUCCCCAGCGCCGUCGGAUCACUACCAAGAGCACUGGACGUGUCAUCGUCCUACCUGAGGGAACGCUGGAGAUCCGCUACGCCCAGGUGACCGACAGCGGCACCUACAUCUGCAUCGCCAGCAAUGCCGGGGGUAACGCCACCUACUUUGCCACGCUGACCGUGAGCGCGCUGCCUCUGGACGCAGCGCUCAUGGCCAACCGCACAUACUACACAGGUGACCUCAACGAGACCAAUCUGAACGACACCAAGGUAUUCCUCAAGUUCACCUUGGACCUCAAGACAAUCCUGAUAUCCACAGCCAUGGGGUGUUGCUUGUUCCUUGGGGUGGUGGUCUUCUGUUUCCUGAUGCUGUUCGCAUGGAGCCGGGGCCGGGGGCAGCACAAGAAUAACUUCUCAGUAGAGUACUCCUUCAGAAAGGUAGAUGGCCCUGCUGCCAGUGGCGGACAGGGAGGGGCCCGUAAGUUCAACAUGAAGAUGAUUUGAGACAAAAUGGGCAGCUCUGUUUACUUGUAGACUUAAACGGGGACAGAAUAACUUUGGACUUUUUGAUACUGAUCCCUGUCAGUUCAGAAAUCAACUCACUAGGUUCAUCCAAGACAGAUUACUAAGACUUCGUUUUUUUUAUAUCUGUAAAUGGCUGUAUCAACAACAAAAAAGUACAUUGAUUUGGUACAGUCCGAUUUUUCUCAAUUGCUAUUUGUGUAUUGGUCUAUCUUCUGCAGAAGAGUCUGGAUGAUAGUUAAAGAUGUCCCAAAAUCCUAUUGACAUGACCCCUGCACAACUCCACUGGUCUCUCUGCAGUGCACCCUCCAUCCUCACUCAUGAAUACAUAAUCACAGGGUGCUCGCUGAAUGCCAAUACUCGUUUAAACAGAUGAUAUUAUUUAUUUUCCCAUAGGAGGACUGGUAAUUUAUAUAGUUUGAAUCCAUUAUCCCACUAUAGCGGAUUUGAGAUCCAGCUACCACAAUACCACACAGUUAGAGAUUGUGCAUAGAGUAGAUAGCUGACAUUGAUUCUCAACAGUAGUCUAUAUUGUAUACUACACUGUCAAGCUAUAACCAUGGGCGCCGCACAGAAGGACUUCUAAUGCAAACGACAUUACAGGAUACAUCCAACCUCGUCUGUCAUUCAAAAGCAUGAAAUGCUGCUACACAUUUGACUCGUUUAAUUUUUUGAAUGGAUUUGUCAUGUAAAGUACCAUGAAUGAAACCUUGCUUACCAUAUAGAAACCUUGUGUACAGGUGAGUGAUCACUCAUAAAACCAUACACAAUUUCCUAUGGGUUCAGAUAUCCUCGUUCUGGUGUAUUCAGUAAAUAGCACACACCUGCCCUCAGACUGCACCCCCUCUGACAUGUGAAAAGGUGAACAAAAUGUUUUGUAUAUACUGUAUGGUUUUUGUUGGGUGUACAGAUUUGUUGUCUCAAUUUCUGAAUAUCUUGCUAUAUAAUCUUUCUUAGUUCGUCGUUGUCUCAUGGCUUCAUCCAAAGACUGUUCAUACUGUAUCGAUUGGUUAGACAUAUACAUCAGAUGUCAUACAUUUGAAUCUUUCAAAGCUAUUGUGGUUGUUCAUAUUGUGGAUGAUUUUAUGUGGAUUAUUCUAAGUCAAAUUAUUCUAACUGGUAAUAGCCAGUAAUUUCAUUCAUAGCAAACACAUAUUGCCUGGCGCAGAGAUUCGCCCUUUCUGUGCUCUCCAAACAACUUAUGAAGGACAAGCGUGCAGUGUAUCAGAUCAGUUUGCUAUUUUGUGGAAGCAGUGGGAAGCCUGGUGACCAGCAGGGACAGUGCUUCUCAUGAGGACCCAAGUCUCAGAUAUGCAGGAAAAUGCUAAUGUAACAGAGACCUUCGAUGCUAGAAGAGAGGUCACAAUGGAACAGAGCCAGGAUGUGCUAGAGGGCCUUCAUUGCCCAAAUCACAAGGCUGACAUCAUUUGCUUUCUGCAGAUAAAUUAGAAUAGGAUCAGGAACUAAGAGAAGAUUACUCUGUUCUUAAAAUAUUUGUAAAAUGUGAAUUUGAUUAUAACAGCAGUACAUUGUAUCUUUUGGAAGAGCAGUUAUUGCUAAGGAUUUGUAAACUUGCUAAUGGCAAAAAUGAUUUAAUCAUCAUCCCUCUGCACUUUGUGCAGGUGCCUGGCACCUAGUUAUUAUUCUUGAGCCGCAGCACAGGAGAAAUUGCAUUUAAAUUCCCAAAAAUACACUGAGUGAACAAAACAGGAACACCUGCCUAAUAUUGAGUUGCUCCUUCAUCUACACUGAUUGAAGUGGGUUUAACAACUGACAUCAAUAAGGGAUCAUAGCUUUCACCUGGAUUCACCUGGUCAGUUUAUGUAUGCUUGGUGUAUAUCCUAAUACCUUAUUUGGAUUUAGGGUGCUAACCAUGGUUUGGGACAAUUACAAUUUAAUUUAAAAUUCCAAUUAAAAUAGUGAAUUCACUCAUGAAGUGGAGGAUUUAGAAUGAAUUCAACUUGAAUUUCAAAAUGUUCAAAUUAUGGAAUUGAAAUUUAAUUGAAAUUGGACUGUUUGGACAAUUUGAAAUCAAAUUGACUUAGAAUUGUAAAAAAUAUUAAUUAUUUGAAAUUUAAUUGAAUUGAAAUUACAUUUCCAAGUUAAUUAAAUUGAUGCACUUUGUAUAAAAAUGUCAUGUUGUAUUUCUAUAUUCCCAGUAUAGCUAGGCUGUAUGAACAGUGACAUGAUCAGCGAUUUGGGGAUCCCGAGUGGCGCAGCGGUCUAAGGCACUGCAUCACAGUGCUUGAGGCAUCACUACAGACACCAUUCGAUUC